AUGGCCUCGCAGGACGUGCUCGGCCAGACCACCCGGCUGGCCUCCUCCAGCGCUUUGCUGCAGGUGCUGUUCCGGGUGGUCACCUUCGGGCUGAACGCCUUCACUCUGCGCUACCUCUCCAGAGAGCUGAUCGGCGUGGUCAACGUGAGGCUAACUCUACUGUAUUCAACAGUUGUCUUCCUAGCCAGGGAAGCAUUUCGCAGAGCUUGUUUGAGUGGAAGUACAAAGCGAAACUGGACCAAAACAAUUAAUCUAUUGUGGCUGACGUUCCCUCUUGGUGUUUUUUGGUCUAUUUUCUUGGGCUUAGUCUGGCUACACUUGCUUGAAGUACCUGAUCCUUCUGUGGUUCCUCAUUAUCAGGCUGGUGUAGUGGCAUUUGGUCUUUCUGCAAUUAUUGAACUUCUGGGAGAACCGUUCUGGGUUUUAGCACAAGCUCAUUUGUUUGUAAGACUUAAGGUAAUUGCUGAAAGCCUUUCAGUAGUGUCGAAAUGCAUUUUGACGGUUAUUUUAGUAGUCCUUUAUCCUCAGUGGGGCCUCUACAUUUUUUCCUUGGCUCAGCUUUUCUAUGUCAGUGUUCUGGUAAUGUGCUAUGUAAUUUAUUUUGUGACGUUUUUGGGGUCUCCUGAAGCAACAAAGAAGUCAUUUCCAGUUGCUAGAAUGAAAGCUCUAUUACCUAACUUGGUGGAAGAUGAGACCUUUGUUAACUGGAAGGAAGCGUGGUUGACUUGGAGUUUCUUCAAACAAUCCUUCUUGAAACAGAUUUUGACAGAAGGUGAACGAUAUGUGAUGACUUUUUUGAACGUGUUAAAUUUUGGAGAUCAGGGUGUAUAUGAUAUCGUGAAUAAUCUUGGUUCACUGGUGGCCAGGUUUAUCUUUUUGCCUAUUGAGGAGAGUUUCUAUGUCUUUUUUGCUAAAGUGUUGGAAAGAGGGAAGAAAGUAAAGGAUCAGAAGCAGGAUGAUGUUGCUAUGGCUGCAAAUGUAUUAGAAUUGCUGUUGAAACUUGUGCUUCUGAUCGGCCUUACCAUCACGGUUUUUGGCUAUGCCUAUUCUCAGCUGGCUCUGGAUAUUUAUGGAGGCUCAAUGCUCAGUGCUGGAACAGGUCCAGAUCUCCUCCGGUGUUACUCUUUAUAUGUCCUAUUUCUUGCUAUCAAUGGAGUUACAGAAUGUUUUACAUUUGCUUUGAUGUGCAAAGAAGAGGUAGACAGGUACAAUUUUGUUAUGCUGGCCUUGUCCUUCACAUUUCUCUGCAUCUCUUAUUUCUUGACCCACUGGCAUGGCAGUAUAGGCUUUAUCCUUGCCAACUGCUUUAACAUGGGUAUUCGAAUAGCUCACAGCAUCCACUAUAUCUAUGAUUACUUCAAAGAAAGCACUUACAGACCUUUGACAGGCUUGCUUCCCUCACCAUUUUUGGUACUCGUUUAUAUCAUAAGUGGAGUAAUCACUGGUUUCUCAGAGGUGGUAUUCUGCUGCGAUAAGGGUUGGAUGGCAAGGCUGAUUCACAUCAGCAUGGGCGCUCUGUGCUUUGCAGCAACCAUCGUUACUAUGUUCUGCACAGAGACCAAGCUGAUCCACUUCGUCAGAAGCCAGUUCCUCUCCCGGUAUAUGAAGAAAGGAACAUGAAAUGCACGUGUGCAGAACAGUUCUUGUACAUGCUUGCAGUAAAGGGUGGUAUUUUUUGCAUAAGAUCUGUAGGGAAAAGGUUUCCACAUGUGUUUAUUGGAAGCACUGAUGUUGGAGUGGCAAUGUAAAAGGUUGCCAACUGAAUAUUAUUUUGUCUUCUAAACUGGUCAGUACAGUGAAAGAGAGACGAGUAAUUUUCUCUGUAUGCAUCAUUCUUUUGUAAGCUUUUCUUCAAACAGCCUCUUUGGUAACGAAUGAAGAUCUAAGAUAAACCCUUCUGACAUAACCUAGUUGACGGACUUCAUGUAGAGAGCUUCUGUUCUUACCAAUGGGGAGUACAUGCAUGAAGGCAUCAUAUGGCUUACAUCUUAAGAUGUAAUUAAGAAUGCCCUUAUUUGGCACGGUGGGCUGCUUAACUGGUUAGAAAAUAAAUGAUCUCACAAAAAAAACCCCAACAAAACCCUCAAAACAAAGGAAAGCUGAAGAAAACACCAGGGCAAGGACCAAUAGGAAUAUAACGGUUACUGAGGUAGAACACUAUGCAGUGCAGAGAGAUUGAGUUGUCAGUGUUCUGAAGUGUAAAGUGGUGAACAGGAAGUUCUGAUGUUUACAAGUAAAUUGAUGGAAUACACAGCAUGUGUCCAUGCUAGGUAAGAUUAUUUCCUUCAGCAUAUCAUUCAUUUAUGAGGGCAUUGGUUAACCUGUCAAAAAUACUCUGAAGCUUUAGCUAAAAGAAAAAAGGGGUUUUGAGCAGUGUUUUACAGAAGGUGUUAAGUACAAUCACACUGAUGCUGAAGUUCCAGAAGGUUAAUCAUAAAACUUCUUUCACUCCAUUGUUUUUUGUUUUUAUCUGAGAUUUUAAAUGCCAGCAUGAGCAAAUUUGUCUCAAUAAAAUGAUUUUACCUUGUCUGUGAAAUCGAAUGUUAAAUAUAUUUAAUAAGAUUUCUUUCAAGGAUUCAUGCACAUUGAAACUUUAAUUAUUGGAUAGAAAAUGCUUCAUUUUGUUACCAUCAGUUUUCCUCAUGUCGUGUUCCUUUACUUGUUCAAUCUUAACAUUUGUAUUGAUUUUUUUUUUUAAUUGUUGAAAAUUUGGAGAUUCAGAAGUUGUAAAAUUAGACCUUAGGCUGCUGCUUUAUGUUCAGUAAUGGUGUAUUUAUUGCUGGUCUAAGAUCUGAAUUUGGCAGUUUCAGAAUGUACAAGUGGCAGGGUUUUAAAUAAUACAGGUUUUUAUAAUGAAGUGUUCCCUUUGCAGUGUUUGGAUGGACCAAAAAAUGUCAAGCGAUGAAAAAUGUGUGCUCAGACAUGUGUAGUCGAAAGCUUUUAGUUUAAUUAUGUAGCAAUUGCUCAGAUCCUCAGACUGCUUAAAAAAACCAUUUCACUGUAACGGCAUUGUGGAGUUCAUCGUGGUAACCAUAGCUGACAGAGUGAAAUGCUUUCUGCUGUCAGUGUCUUCUGUUUGGUACUGUUAGAAACAUGUUCUAAACUCCGGUAAUUUUCACUUGGAGAGAGAGUAUCGCCAGAGAUACUUUGUAUGAGAAUUUGGUGAUUGAAAACUUAUCACAGAGAAGCCAAAAUGUAACAGUGGAAGAGAAAGGUGCACUUCCUCAGCUAAUGGUGGUGUCUCCGUUACCUGGCUGGAAGGUAGUAGAAAGAGACUUGCUGAUUCUUCUGAAGUUAUGAAAUUUAUCAAAAUAAAACAAACUACAUUAUUCUGUCCUGUUAAGUGAAUUUGGUAGUUCUUUGCCUUUUAAAUUUUUCUCUUCUGAGUUGUCUUGCAGCUUGUUUUUCCUCAUUUCUAUCAGGUAUGGAGUUUGUUAUGAAGUACAGCUCCACAUAUUGCAAAGGGUUGAAACUUCUUUAUUAAAAAUUGUCAAUGCAUACACUUUCUUUUCCUUGUUCAUAAUUCAAAAAACCCCCAAGACAGGUGAACUUACAGACUCUUUCUAGGAUCUGUCUUUUUCUGCAUGACUUUGGGACCUUACUGUGGGAACAUCUCAAUCUGUACAGUGAAUUUUAACUAAUUCUUAGAAUGAGGAAUUUUGUAUAGCCCUGCACUUAAAAUGCAGAUUGAAGAACUUUUUGUACAAAAUGAGCUGGAAGUCAUGCUGUCUUGUCUAGUCUUAUGA